AUGGCUCAUACCUACACAAAAAUAGACUGCAAGUCAGAAGCAUUAGAACUUUAUCAAAAAGCACUCAGCAUUCAAACAAACUGUUUACCUCCAGAUGAUCCACGCUUGCUUAUUUAUUAUGAAAACAUUUGCUCAUUGCUUAAUCAUAUGGGAGAAAAUUUAAAAGCGACUGAUCUCUUUCAAAAAUCAUUACAAGUCAAAGAAAAGUAUCUUCCUUCCGAUAAUCCAGAUCUAACAAAUUCCUACUACCAGAUUGGUAUUUUGUAUCACGGUGCUGAUGAAUAUAUUAAGGCACUUGAUUUUUAUCAAAAAGCACUUGAAAUAUAUCAAACUCAGCAUUCCAUUGAUCACAAACAAGUCACCAAUAUCUAUGAAGAUAUUGCUUUAUUGUAUGAAAAUAUAGAACAUUUAUUGAAAGCUCUAGAAUUUUAUCAUAGAAUCCUCGAAAUGAAACAGAAAUACCUUUCUCCAGAUGAUAUUUCUCUGGUCAAAACAUUUCAAAGUAUUAUUUCGCUACAUUAUAGAUUAGGCGAGUAUCGAGAGACAAUUGAAGUCAAUGAAAAAUUACUACAAAUACAACAAAAAUAUCUGCCUCUGUACCAUCCGAAUUCGUCUGUUACUUACAGGAAUAUUGGAGAGGCAUAUUAUAACAUAAAGAACUACUCAAAAGCACUAGAUUUCUAUUAUAGACACUUAGAAAUUAGUCUAAAGUCUUUGCCUGUGAACGAUCCAGAUUUGAACUCUAUUUACAAAAUCUUAGCUAAUAUAUAUCAUGAAAUAGGAGAAUAUUCGAAAGCUCUAGAACAUUACCAAAAAUCGCUUGAAAUCGAACAACAGUGUAUACCUCUAAAUAAGGAAAACUUGGCUAACGUGCACAGACAAAUUGGCUCAGUAUAUGAAGACAUUGGAAACCGUUCGACAGCAAUGCAGUAUUAUCAAACGUCUCUUGACAUUCAGCAAACAAUGAAUUCUUCAGAUCAACCAAACUUGGCCACUACCUAUACCCGAAUUGCUUCCUUGUAUUACAAGAUGGAGGAUUAUUCAACUGCCCUUCACAUGUAUCAAACAGCCCUUGAAAUACAACGUAAAUCUCUUCCUUUAAAUCCCUCUGAUGUAGCUACCAGCUACGCAAAUAUAAUCUUGAUGCAUUACAGUAUGAAAGAAUAUCAAAAAGCUCUCGAAUUCUACAAAAAAACACUUACCGUUGAAGAAAGAUCUCUCACUUCGGAUAACGAUAAUUCUACUUUUCUUUAUAACAAUAUUGCUCUCGUUUAUUACGCAGUUGAACAGUACUCAAAAGCAAUAGAGCUUUUCGAAAAGUCAUUUGAAACGUGCUUAAAAUAUUCUCCAACAGACCUCUCUGGUCCGGCUGUUGGCUACAACGAAGUCGCCUCAAUUUACAUCAAAAUGGGACAGCUUCCCAAAGCACUGUAUUAUUAUGAACAGGCUGUUACAGCAGAACAGAAUACAUUGCCUCAAAACGAUGAAAAUCUACAACUUUACAAAAGUAAUUUAGAAACCGUACUUAAAAAGUCUAAUGCUCGUUAAUUUCCAAAUAGUAGUUCACUACUUUAAAAGCCUAACGAUUUAUUCAGUAAUUUGCUUAACUUAAGGAAGUCAUCUGUCAACAUACACGCUCAUUGCAGUUUCACUUAGCAUACUUCUAUAUAACUCCACAUAGUCGUUCAAAACAAAAUUCAGAACAACAUAACGAAGACAAAACGAAAAAUAACGAUACAAUGUGUGGAUGUGGAUUAGGGAUGCACCAAUUCCAGAAAAUUUACGUCAAAGGUGCUACUUUUGUGGAUUUUUGUGAUAUGAAGAACCACCAAUUCCGACCAAUCUUUUAUGUUAAACUUGACCGCCUUGAAUUGUUCUACAUGUAGUGGUUGUCAGAUUGCGCUAAACACCAUCACAAGGUGUCAGGAUUGGUCAGAAUUGGCUAAAAAUCCUGAAUUUUUGACCAAUUCUGACCAAUCCUGACACCUUUUGAUGGUGUUUAGCGCAAUCUGACAACCACUACAUGUAGAACGAUUCAAGGCGGUCAAGUUUAACAAAAAAGAUUGGUCGGAAUUGGUGGUUCUUCAUAUCACAAAAAUAGCACCUUUGAUAUCAAUUUUCUGGAAUUGGUGCAUCCCUAGUGUGGAUAGGUGUGGGUGUGCGUAUGUAUGUGUGGGAUGUGGGUGAAAAGAGGCAACAUCUACACACACAUUACCUGAGCCACUACCACAUCCACACCCACACACCCACACACCCACACCCCACACACUCAUACCCACACACCCACACCCACACACCCACACCCACACCCACACCC